GAACAUCAUCGCAGUAGGUUGUGGAAAGAUGGGACAGGGUGGGUAUGAUAGGGGGCGUGUGGAGCGACCACCUAGAGAGGCAAUGAAGAACAGAAAGCCGAAAGGAGAAUGAGCAACGCUAGGUGACUAGAAUGGAGUGAAGAGAGAUACCGACAAGAAAUUGGCUACUAAACAGACCAUUGAGGCACGCUUUAUACCUGCGAGCAAGGCCCACCAUCUACUCUACUCUACCUUGCCAUAGCAAGAUUCCGCGAUGACCGCUCCUCUGAUACCUCAUCUAACUACCUCCGUCGGAUCAAGACAUUGCUCAGUAGCCGUCCACAUUAAGCGAGACAGGAGGACGUGCCUACAUGUCUUAACUUGUCAUGGUACGAUCCUGUUCCCCCUAAUGAAUAGCGCAAUGAUAGAUCCUCUUUCACAUCGCUUCUUCCUGCCGCCCUUAUCCUCACGCACAGUCCCCUUGUGCCAUUGCGUUCAAGAGCUCCGAGCGGGGGAACACCCAGCACCGACCGGCAACUGCUUCACUGGGAUCCCGAGACCUGGUCCUUCUGUCCUUGGGGCUGACAGCUCGUCUCGUCUCGUCUCGUCAAGUCUAGCUCCGCCCAGUACUCUUCGUCUAUCCCCGCGUCUGGCCAACAGUUCCGCUGCACCUCUUGCAUGCACUCCCUCCCUCGCUCGCUUUGCCGCCUCGAGCACCACGGAGCAAUUUCCGAACCCCACACCACCACCACCAACACACACACGGGCUCGCACGCAAGGAUGAAUUCCUGGGUGUGUGCACAGUGCAGCACGGGCUUUCGAGCGCGGGUCAUUUACGGAAUGUCUCAACUGUUCCAGUCGAGUCGAGUCUGUGCUGGACCCAGAUCCGCAGGUCAGAAUGGCGGCAUGAGUCAUGCGUGCAUGCAGGAAGGCAAGGCAAGGCAGUUUGAAGCGAGGAGAUCGCAAGAGCUUACAAGUUAGCCG